UUCAGUUACUGCACUUGCUUGCUGCCAUGUUUCCUUCCCCACUUUCUUCGUCUGCCCCCUUCCCCUUCCGCCCCGCCUUUUCCUUCUUCUUUAUGCUUUUGCUCUUUGCCAUUCUCAUCUCCACACCGAAUUUGGCUCAGGCGCGCUGCAAAAAACCUCCGAUCAUAUUUAACUUCGGAGAUUCCAAUUCCGACACCGGCGGAAGCGCCUCUGGACUCGGUUUCCCGUUCAAGUUGCCGUUCGGCCGUUCGUUUUUCGGUCGACCUGCGGGAAGGUUCUGCGACGGACGCCUCGUCAUCGAUUUUUUGUGUCAAAGUCUGAAUACGAGGCUUCUAAGACCGUACCUAGACCCCUUCGGCUCCACAUUUGCAAAUGGGGCAAACUUUGCUAUAUCAGGUUCUCAAACGCUGCCCAGGUUUACGCCUUUCGUGUUGGACGUUCAGCUCAUGCAGUUUCAGUAUUUCAAGAAUCACUCCACUGAGCUUGCUGCUGCAGGUGUGAGCAGUUUGAUAAGCUAUGACAGGUUCAAGGAUGCUCUAUACAUGAUUGACAUUGGGCAAAAUGACAUUGCUGAUUCAUUUGUCAAGGGCUUUUCCUAUGCCCAACUCGCCCAAAAGAUACCUUCAGUCUUAGCAGAAAUCCAGGGUGCCAUCCAGCAAAUAUAUGAUCAAGGAGGCAGAAAGUUUUGGGUUCACAACACUGGUCCUUUGGGGUGCCUACCCCAAAAACUAGCUCUGGCAAAUGAUACCUUGUCACUGGAUCGAGAUUCAUUUGGAUGCAUUCGGAAAUACAAUGAUGCGGCAAAACUAUUCAACGAGGGCCUGCGCCGGAAAUGUGUUAGAUUAAGAUCCCAGAUGAAGGAUGCAACUAUUGUUUAUGUGGAUAUGUAUGCCAUCAAGAUGGAUAUCAUAGCCAACUCCAGCACAUACGGUUUCUCAAAUCCAUUGAUGGCAUGCUGUGGUGCUGGAGGGCCACCAUACAACUACAUAAGAGGAUUGACAUGUGGGGUUCCCGGCUACAAUGCCUGUGACCAAAACUCUCGAUUUGUUAGCUGGGACGGGGUCCAUUACACCGAAGCAGCUAACAAACUUAUAGCUUCCAAGAUUCUCUCCUCGGCGUAUUCAACACCUCGUGUUCCCUUCGAUUUCUUCUGUCAGUGAUCUCUAUCUCUAACAGUCAUAAAGGUCUAUCAUGUUGUAAACCAAAUUCAGCAGUGGAGCUAAGUCACCAAACAAGGUACUGCUGCACUGCCACUGUUUUCUGUGUAUUAAUUCUUGUUUCAUACAUUUUUGCAUGAAGCUAAUUUCGAAACAUCGAGGUUAUCCAAA